ACUUCUAUUUAACCGCGUUUCAUUCAAUUUGUCUGCAUUCACAGGAUUUUGAAGAGAGAAGGAAAAAUGUCAGGAAGAGGAAAGGGCGGCAAGGGUUUGGGGAAGGGAGGCGCCAAAAGGCACAGGAAAGUACUCCGCGAUAACAUCCAGGGCAUCACUAAGCCUGCCAUUAGACGUCUGGCCAGGAGAGGGGGCGUUAAGCGUAUCAGCGGCCUCAUUUAUGAGGAAACCAGGGGUGUACUGAAAAUCUUUCUGGAGAAUGUAAUCAGGGAUGCUGUUACGUAUACUGAGCAUGCACGCCGCAAGACAGUGACGGCCAUGGAUGUAGUCUAUGCUCUCAAGAGGCAGGGCAGGACUUUGUACGGAUUCGGCGGUUAAAUAUUGCCGAGGUCGAAGUUUUAAUAGUGUUUCUGUAACGCCGUCUCAACAAUUGAAAUGCUUGUGGUGUGCACAGGGCUGUUAGAAUGGUUAAAUGCAGUUGCUCUUUUUUUGUUCUAUGAAGAAUGAAUAUAUUGUAAUUUUUUUUCUGUUUAAUUAUAAUAUGGCAACAUUGUUAA